GAGAGAGAGAGAGAGAGAGAGAGAGAGAGAGAGAGAGAUCCUCUAAACUAAUGUCAUAGAGUUCGAUAUUCUAAAAGACCGGCCUUCUGGUUUGCAAAGUUUCUAGUCAAGAAUUACUGGUCUUAUAAUUGUUGUUGUCGUUAACAUCACGCCCAGCGGCAGCGCGUCGUGGUGAAGGAGAGAAUUCCUGCAAGACUCGUGGUGGCGCAUUUCCUGCCUGUCGCGGGAUGUAAGCCUCCAAAUAUAGCAAUGGUUACGUGUGGUAUGUGAGUCACGUGUGUCAUAUGUUUUGUUUUGUUUAUGACGUGAAGUGACGUCAAAAAAAAGGGCUGUUGGUCUCCCGGAUGCCGUGGGUGAGGCGCCGCCCGCCCAAAGCAACCAAGCACUGCAGCGUAGGCAAUGGUGCGCGACGAAACCCCCUUCCCCCGCGGCCGGGGUUCACUGAGCCUGAUGACUUAGAAACAAGACAGCAUUUGCCCUGCGCUGACGACGCUAAAGUAGAGAGCAUAACUUUGUACUCUUCCCAGCUGGCGCGAUUCAUUUGUCUCCUUGGGAACGUAGCCUCUUAUUAGCAGUAAUUGAACGAUAUUGCCCCGCUGUUUUUUCGCCUUGUGGCCCACCACGCUCGUGGGAUAGUGUGUUUCGCCGUCUCGCUCUCCCAAAUAAAGCUGCAUCCGCUCGCAAGCGUAUAGCAGUAGAUUGUGUGAUUACGGGUGUGUUCCGUGAUUGAAGCUCGGCCGAGACGUGAGAACCAACAACAGUGCGUGGCUGAGUGAAAAUGUUGGACGCCUAAGAGGAUGGGCGGCGGGCGGCAAUGGCAUGCAAAGAUUGCGGAGGAAUGGGAACUACAAACGGACAGGUGUCAGGUGGCAGGUGGUGAGGGCGCCAUGGCCGGGCCGCCGCCCCUCCUGAACGCCGGUGUGGACAUGGCCUCCCCUCCACCCCGCUUCACGAAUUUCCUGCCCUCCGCCCCAGAGCCGCUCCUCCACUACAGCUUUCCCUCCGAGGCAGACACGCUGGCCUACGUCGACGCCCUCAAACAUUCUGACCUCAGUGACUGGAGGUCGCUGCAGGAGGUGGCGGCGCGGGCAGGGGCUGGAUCUUGUUCGGGCGCAGUCACCACCUCGGUUCUGACUGCGCUGUAUCUGCUGGGUCUCUUCAACCUGUGCGUCGCGUCACCUGCCUCCUGCUGCGUCCCUCCAGCCUCGGGCCGCCGCCGCCGUCGCAGCUCCGUUGACGCCACACUCCCGCCGCUACUCAACAACCUGCAGUACAACCUCUCUAGCCUUUCCCUGGAACAGUUCCGUGCCCUGCCGCAUGUCACCACUCCUGACGGCGGCCGUGUUCCCCUCCACAUAUCAGUAGUCGAGCAGGUACGAAAGCUGUGGGACUCCAAUCCUCGUCUGCUGUCAUCCGUGUCGUGCUCAUCGGCCACGGAAUCAGUGCGCUCGUCUUUCAUCUCCCUAAGCGGCGUGGCGUCUGGCAUCAUUCUGGCUUACAGCGUGGCGCAGCUCAACCAGUGCUACCCCGACCACACCCCGCACACAAACAACCCUCCCAAGAUAUGGUUCUUUCCUAUCCCCAAGGCAGCCACCCAGCCACGGUUCCCCGUCCCCAUGAUCCCGGUGGACAUUCCCGUCUCAGGCGAUGACGAGGAAGAAGACGGCUGCCCGAGGGAUGAGGUGCCGCUAGGGUUGGACCGAUGUGCCCCUCUCCUCUCUUCCAACCCGUGUCCCUACCGCCACUGGGUCCUCCUCAACAGCGACACACGCACGGGAGAGUGUGUUCCACGUUUAUGUGCCGACAAUUAUGUGUAUGUGGAGACCGAUCAGCUGUGUCAUGACGUGAACGAGCCUGGCAUAUGUCCCGGCAACAGGCGCCUCUACCUCACCGCCUAUGGCACUGCCGUCUGCGACUGUCCGGAAGGUAUGUUCCCGGGACCCAACGACUCGUGUUACUUCCUGUAUGAGAAAGCCUACUGCAACCGCGGAUCUGUCCUGCAAUUUGACCGCACCUCCAAGACUCUCACCUGCAGGCCUGAUCCGUGCAGCCACGUCAACAGUCAGCUCUGGCCCGACGACCUGCCCUACGCCCCGCGUCCCAAGGAUGGUUUCUGCUACCAAUUUAACGAGCAAGGACCAUGCAAGGCAGGGCAAAGAUUUGGCUACGACACGGACAAGCUGGAAGCUACCUGCGUCUCCCUCAUGGAAGCUGGCCUUGCUCGACCCCGCAGGUCUUUCCAGUAUCAACAGAUGUCGUUCCCGGCCACCCAGGACCGCCAGUACCAUCACUAUCAGGUAUCGUAUAUAAUUAUGAACGGCACGACCUGGGAUCUUGAGGUGAAGGGAAUCAAGAGGACCAAGAGGGACGUAGCCGAACCUCAGCGAGGAACACCGCACCUCUCCUCUGGCCAUCUUGUAGUGCCCUUCAUCGACACAAGAAGUUUUCCACGAGAUGUCCACCCCUCCCAGCGGCCUCAGGCCUUGCGAUGGGCUCGCCGCAGGCACACAUGGAGGGGCAAUAAUCACGCCAGACGAGUCCAUGCCAUUAGACACCAGAGGGGCGCCGCAAGGACUCGUGCAAUGGAAGGUCAGGCAUCACACCACAUCAGGAGAAAAGUUUAUAAUCGAGCUAGAUUGAAAAACAGAAGAAUGAAUGGUGGACGAGCUCGUCAAAGUCGAGAGACAACCUUCGAUUCGGAACUCCGACGUGAUUUCCGCAGCAUUGUCAAGAUCAAUCAUUCUCCGGCAAUGCGCCCUGUUGUGGUGCCACAGACACCGUCUCUUUCGGCCGUUGCUCGCCCUGUCCGGAAGGUUAACCUUAGAAGUGGUGGCAGAGCGGCUCGACAGAACUCUAGGCGGAGGAAGAAUAAGAAGAGGGGCAAAGGGAGAAGAAAAAAGAAAGGACGGAAGCGCAGGAAAAAGAAGAAAGGACGCAGGCGCGGUCACAGAAGGCGACACAGACUUGAUGGUUCCAGAAACUCUACCAGAACAAAAGGGAAAAGGAAAAGGAAACAUCCCCGCCUGCCGUUCCGCGUCCCCACGGUGAUUCCUCCCUUGGCUGUCAAUGCCACUUCUGGCGGGGCAAGGGGCGUGGGAGGUACCAACAGCAGCGACGCAGAUGGAGUUUCAGGCGAUGAGGAAGAGAAAGUAGAAGACUUGUCAUCUUCAGAGAUGUCACUGCCCAAGUACCUACGUCACCGGGGCCGGCGCCAACUGGGCGAGGGAGGCGGCAUCAUUCAGGCGCCUCUGCUGAGUGCCUGCAAACCCGGUGCUAAGAGGGACUAUAACUACAAGUGUCGACCCAAGUUCAUCCCUCAGGGGCGCGACAGGCGAAGGGUUGGGGGCGUGUCUGUGGGACCCCGCAGACCAACCAUAUCUUGCCCUAAGGGUACUCGGCUUGAUCCCCGUGGCAAGUGUCAGCAAAUCGGAUGAGUCAGCUUCGAACAGUCCCUUCCUGGCAUCCGCCACAGACAGCAAAGAAAACCUGCAGACGCGCCUUAAGAGCGUUGCUUACAUCUUCGACAAGUGUUUCGCCGUCCACGUCGACACACUUCGAGGUCUCUGAGCGCGUGCCAGUAUUCUUCGGGAACACACCGAUCUUCUGAGGCGUAUGACCACCCCCCACACCAGCUCCCCUCUGACCUCCAGCUGUUUGCCUCUCCCGCCCCUGGUUCUCUAUUGGUGACUCUCAGUGUAGCGUCAGUACUUGGUGGAUUUUCAGAGUGACAUAAAGACUCCUGAAAGUGGAAUUAUUUGUCUACUAAAAUCUCGCUUUACAACGAACAAAAAUACUUUUAGGUAACGCUCUCUGUUUUUAUACACAGUUUCAUUACUUGUUAGUUUCUCAGAAAAGUGAUAGCAAGUGAAUUUUAUAAUUUCAAACAACUUGCAAGAAAAUCAAGGACCAAUUCAUGAGCUGAUCCCCAAACGAAACUGUAAUUACUAGCUGUGAUUUGAUUAAGUAAACCUCAAUCGACACUUUUCAGGGAAGAUGCGAGGUGUACAUAAUGUAUCUAAAUACAUAUUUUUAACCUGGCGAUGUCUACAACAAGUGUUGUAUAUGACAAGCUUGUAUGGUGCGAACAUGAUUUGUUUGCAUCGUGUACUAGUAAUGAUAAGUCGAUUCUAUUAAGGCUUGUAGUGAGUGGCUGUAGACAAAGCUGGUGGUGUUCCUGGAGAUGAAACUGACGUCGGCAGUGAGACUUGUUUGCUGAGGAGGUUGUCAUAGCAACACGUUAGAAGAGACGUGGUGUUCUGUUUCCCAAGGGACCAAUAAAGGAGACAACGCCACAUCCUUAAGGGUUACGCUGAAGUCUGCGUCCCUUAUUAGCCCCCAGGUCGCGCUUACCCGCCGUGGCCUGUAGAUGUAGUUAGUAAUAGUUCCUUGCUGGCCUUCAGUAAGCCUUUAGGUGUACAUAUCUUUAACAAAAAGGCGAUACUUGGCUGCCAUCGUAAUCAUUAGGUGUUUUGUGUGGCGAAGCUCCACUCGCUUGGAACCUUUGUUACCGUGUUGUUGAAUUUCAGCUCAUUAUUAUUAUUAUUAUUAUUAUUAUUAUUAUUAUUAUUAUUAUUAUUAUUAUUAUUAUUAUCAAUAUCAUUAGUCUGAUUUAUAUUAUCAUUAUUAUUAUUAUCAUUAUUAUUAUUAUUAUUAUUAUUAUUAUUAUUAUUAUUAUUAUUAUUGUUAAUAUUCUGUAACCAAUAUUACCACAGAUGCAGCAGCAGCAGCAACUAUGAGAACAACAUCAACUACAAUAAUAUUGCAUUUACCACCACAUCCAACACAACAACACCAUCACCACUACCACUGCCCUUACUGUUCCUAAGUGUCUCAUACUGUCACUACUACCAUUACUACAACUACUACUACUACUACUACUAUUUUUGCUCUUGCUGCUGCUGCUGCUGCUGCUCCUGCUGUUGUUGCUGUUGCUGCUGCUGCUAUUACUACUACUACUACUACUACUACUACCACCACUACUACUACUACUACUACUACUACUACUACUACUACUACUACUACUACUACUACUACUACUACUAUUACUACUGCUAUUACUACUGCUGCUGCUACUACUACUACUACUACUACUACAACUCUCUCUCUCUCUCUCUCUCUCUCUCUCUCUCUCUCUCUCUCUCUCUCUCUCUCUCUCUCUCUCUCUCUCUCUC